GUGGCAUAUGACAGCAAAAGAAGCUGCACCCAGUCGGUGUGGUUACAAUAAACAGAUUACAGGCCAUCAGAAGAGUCGGUUGAUUUUUGAGCUUGUUGAUUUAUAAUUUUGCUUUUCUGCAGAGUGGGUCUCUAAGUGAAGAUGGGACUCACUAUUUCGUCGCUGUUUUCAAAGCUCUUCGGUAAAAAACAGAUGAGAAUACUUAUGGUUGGUUUGGAUGCUGCUGGAAAGACCACAAUCCUUUACAAACUGAAGCUGGGAGAGAUAGUAACCACUAUUCCAACUAUUGGUUUCAAUGUUGAGACGGUGGAGUACAAGAACAUCUGUUUCACUGUAUGGGACGUCGGCGGCCAGGACAAAAUCCGUCCCCUUUGGAGGCACUACUUCCAGAACACACAGGGCCUUAUCUUUGUAGUGGACAGCAACGACAGAGAGAGAGUAGCGGAGUCGGCGGAGGAGCUGGCAAAAAUGCUCCAGGAGGAUGAGUUGCGGGACGCUGUGUUGCUGGUGUUUGCAAACAAACAGGACCUGCCCAACGCCAUGGCCGUGAGCGAUCUCACAGACAAACUGGGUCUGCAGAGCUUGCGGAGCAGAACUUGGCACGUGCAGGCUACCUGUGCGACCCAGGGCACGGGGCUUUACGAGGGCCUGGACUGGUUAUCCAACGAGCUGUCGAAGCGCUAGAGAACAGGGCGACCGAGGAACGAGAGUGGGACCAGAGCGAACGAGAGCGACCAGAGGAAGAGCAAGAGCGAGGGAUGGAGGGAGGGAGGGAUUGUGGACACGGGAACGGGAGGAGGAGGAGGAGGAGGAGGAGGAGGAGGAGGAGGAGAAGAAGUCUGACCUGGAGAUAACUUUUAAAAAAAUAUCAAUGUGUCUGUCUGGUAGAACUUGAAGUUUAUGGACGUUUUGCAAUCAGUUCCUGUUCUGAAACUUUUUUUUAGUUUUUGGAUUUGUUUUCAUUUAUUUUUUUUGCCCUGUUUGUUCUACCUCCUUUUAUUGCCCUCAUCUUUGUCACCCCCCUUUUUGCCGAUGAUGUUUCCUAGAACUACAUUCCUGUUUCUUUCAAUGCCACCCCCCCAACACCCUGCAGCCGUACAAAGAGAUGUUUUUAACUUUGCAUGUUUCUACGACUAUAUUACAAAACAGCAAAUCAACCACUGAGGAGAACAAUGGGACAGUUUGUGAUUGUGACGUAAACCCAAAAGGGAACGUUGGGGGCGGUGGAGUUGAAUUGACUCAUUCCAGAAUUCCAGAAUACUGCACCGAAGGCCAGUUCUAUUCCUGAAGUAUGUGAAGGGCCUUCUCAUCAUGUACGUACGAGGCCAUUAUGACGCAAUAAAAACAACCUUUUUUUCUCAACUUAA